GUAGCAAUAAGGGGGCAUGGCAUUGGACCAUUACAUCAUGGGGUUAACGCAUGCCAAGUCGACAACCUUGUAGCCUCUUGCCUACCGUUAUAUAUAUAUGCGCACACAGCCUGCCCACUUCCAAUCGCAAAAUCCUCAACCAUUUCUCUUCUUUUUCCCUUCACAAUUAUUUUCUUUCUUCAUUGAAGAAACAAAACAGAGGAUAUUCCCUUAUCCCCACAAAAAGAAAAAAUGGAGAGAGAUAUGGAAAUGAAACAAUCAAAAUUCAAAAGAAUCUGUGUGUUUUGUGGGAGUAGCCCUGGUAAGAAGAACAGCUAUAGAGAAGCUGCUAUUGAUCUUGGCAGGGAAUUGGUUUCAAGGAAUAUUGAUCUGGUUUAUGGAGGGGGCAGUAUUGGAUUAAUGGGGCUGAUUUCUCAAGCAGUUUUUGAUGGUGGCCGCCAUGUAAUUGGAGUGAUUCCCAAGACACUCAUGCCUAAAGAGAUAACUGGUGAGACAGUUGGGGAAGUUAAGGCAGUUUCAGACAUGCACCAAAGGAAGGCAGAGAUGGCUAGACAAUCUGAUGCUUUCAUUGCCUUACCUGGUGGCUAUGGAACUCUUGAAGAACUUCUUGAAGUCAUAACCUGGGCUCAACUUGGAAUCCAUGAUAAACCAGUGGGAUUGUUGAAUGUAGAUGGAUAUUACAAUUCAUUGUUGUCUUUUAUUGACAAAGCGGUGGAAGAAGGUUUCAUUUCUCCAAAUGCACGCCAUAUCAUUCUAUCUGCUCCCACUGCUCAAGACUUGGUCAAAUACAUGGAGGAAUAUGAACCACAACAUGAAAGAGUGGCUCCAAAGCUAAAUUGGGAGAUUGAACAGUUAGGGUACCCUGCAAAAUAUGAGGUCUCUAGGUGAGAGAGAUUGUGGCACCAAUUGCAGGUUUCAAAGAACUAAUUUUUAGGAGAUCAACUUGUUCCUGAAAUGGGAAUCUUUUUUUUUUUUCUAUUUACUCAUGUUCUGAUAUAAAUUAUAUAUAUAUAUAUAUAUCCUCCCCCUAAAAGGAAAAAAAAAAAACAUUUAUGUCUUCAUUUGAAGUUGAAAUUUGAUUCUCUAAUGAUCAAACUUUGUGGUAAAGUUGCUGAUCAAAAGAAAAAGAAAUUUGUCCCAGUGGAGUUUUA